AAUACCCUCACUUGUUCACCUUAUAUUUUCUUGUGGUUCUCUCUCUCCGUUACUUUUUAAACCAUGCCGACGAUCAUUUCCGAUCAUUUUUGAAGGUAACAACUCACCGGAAUAUUCUCUAAGCAUGGAAGCUACUGAUCAUCAUUCAUCUACGUCGUCGCAACAACCGUAUCUUCCGCCCGGCUUCCGGUUUCACCCCACCGAUGAAGAGCUUGUGGUUCACUACCUUAAGAAAAAAGCCGCAUCCGCCCCGCUUCCAGCCGCCAUCAUCGCCGAAGUCGAUCUCUAUAAGUUCGAUCCGUGGGAGCUUCCAGCUAAGGCGGCGUUUGGCGAACAAGAGUGGUAUUUCUUCAGUCCGAGGGACAGAAAGUACCCGAACGGAGCUCGCCCUAACAGGGCGGCUACGUCCGGGUACUGGAAGGCUACUGGGAUCGAUAAACCGGUGUUGACGGCUGGUGGUACACAGAAAGUUGGUGUUAAGAAAGCUCUUGUUUUCUAUGGUGGUAAGCCACCAAAAGGUGUGAAGACUAACUGGAUCAUGCAUGAGUAUCGACUCACUGAUGGUAAAUCCAUCUGCUCACCACCACCUGCCUAUGAUCCCGCCAAAAGUAAAGGAUCUUUACGGUUGGAUGAUUGGGUUUUGUGUCGAAUCUACAAGAAGUCCAACACGCCGAGGCCGGUGGAAGGUGACGGGCAAGGCGGCGGUGAUCUCACCAUAGCAUCUCCACUGCCAUGUAGGUCAUACAACCACCACUGGUUUAUGAAACCAACCGGAAGUGGCACAGAGUAUAACUCAAUAUUGGAGCAAGAUCAUGAACACAACAACCUCUUGCUUGACAACAUGCUAAACUCCAACACUGGCAAUGACAACCACCAUCACAACACCUUCUUUAACACCUCGAAUCUCCUUCCCGUGAAGCGAUCCACCUUAUCCGGUUUGUCUUGGAAUGAAGAGGUUAAUACAGGUAAUUCAUCAUCAUCAGCAGCAUACACCAAGAUGUUUCUAACGGACGGUAGUAACACCGACAGAAGCCCGAUGGAUACACAAGCGGAGUUACCGCAAUUACAACUGCAACUGCAACAGCAACAGCAACAGCAAACCAUGAUGUUGGCUCCUGGAGAAAGCGUUUUCGCACAGCAGUAUCAGUUGCCGGAGAUGAAAUGGUACAAUUAGAUGGAAUUUGGGAAAUGGGUAUGAUAUGAACUUGAAGUUACAUAUGAAAAGAUGCAAUUUUUGUUAAUUUUGGUAAGACAAAUUGGUCUACAGUUGGUGUGAAUGUGUAGCUGGUUUGCUACCAGUUUUAGGUAAGAAGACAUGGGUUAUAUAUUUGCUUAAGCAGUGAAUAAUUUAGCUAGAUUAGAUAUAGAAGACAACUCUCUAGAGUGAUUGAUGCAUAUAGUUGUUAUGUGAAAAAAUAUAAACUUUUUACAUUAUAUUGAAUAAGUUAUAUAAUUUCAAGAAA